CCUAUAUAAUAUAAUAAAGUUGCCACAAUUUCUUCAACCCAAGCCCCGAAAUGCGUAUUCUAAACUAAAAUAGCAUACAUCCAAUAUCCAUAUCCACACCACCAUGCAUGCCAAUCAACUCUCCUGCUCUCACUUCAAAAUGGCAACACAUGAAGAACAAGACGAAUCAACUCUUGAACUCAUUCGCCAGCAUCUCUUAGGUGACUUCACCUUCACUGAUGGCUUUUUUUCUCAUCUCAAUUUCCAAAUCCCUGAUUAUGAUUUCUCAUAUGAUUUUCAACCACUUGUUGUGAAACCAGAGUGCUCCCUCUCUGAAUCUGAGUCCACCUCCCCCAUUUCAGAUCCCCAUUGCUACAACCCUCAACCCUGCAAUUUCCAAACAAAACCCGAAACCAUAAACUCGCCAUCCAUAAAAGUCGAACCUCUGAAUUUGAGCUCACCCACCAAGGGAAAAACAACAACUAGUGAUUCUGCAACUCCCAGCUCGCCUGAUGAUAAGUUUCAGCAAGUGUCGGGUUCUGGUGAAGUGCCAAGGCAUUAUAGGGGAGUCCGGCGUAGGCCGUGGGGCAAGUAUGCGGCUGAGAUUCGUGAUCCGGCCCGAAAAGGGACUCGGGUUUGGCUAGGGACAUUUGACACUGAUGUGGAUGCUGCCAAGGCCUAUGAUUGUGCUGCAUUUAAGCUCAGGGGUAGGAAAGCAAUACUGAAUUUUCCACUGGAGGCUGGACAGUCGUCUCAACCGCCGGUGAACACGGCUCGGAAGAGGAGGAGAUCAGUAAAGCAAGAGGAGGAGGAGCUGCCAGAAACUGAACUCUUGAAGCCUUGAACUCCAAGGAGCUCAACUGUCACCGUUAUCCAGGUUCCUCCUCUGCUAACGUGGUGGAAAGUGAUUGGAUGGUGGAUUUACUGAUUUACUAUAUGCAUGCUCUAUGUAUUACUAGUACUAGAAGGGUCACUUAUUCACUGUGUACAAAUAUGGAUUAAGAGUAAAAAUAGAAAGUAAUUAAAAAUAAUGCAAUGUGUAAUUAUUAUACAGUCCCAAGCUGUUAAAUUUGUUAAUUUUUUUUCAGAGAAGCUAUUACUUUUAUUAUUAAAAGGGCAUUGUUUUAAUGGUAGAGAUAUAUUUAACAUUUCUUUUGGGGUUACUGAC